AUGAAGACUGCUGUGGACAUUAUGGUGUUUGACACAAUUACUGAGACGUUCCGGUGGAUGCGCAGUCCUGACCAGUUGGGCUGCCGGGUGUCGUUGUUGGAGAUGGGCAACAGGCUUGCUUCAUGCAGCAACAAUGAUGGCAGCAUAGAGAUUUGGGUGAUGCAAGACUAUGAGGCUGAGGCCUGGGCCUUGAAUUACAGGAUUAACUUGGUAGCGAUGAAGACAUCACCACAGCUUGAUUUUAGUUUGAGACAUAUUUCUAAUAUAGCGCUGCUUAACAAGCGUGAGCUGCUGAUCUGGUGUUGGACUCCAUCGUGGGGUCAUGACUACCUGUUGCACUGUGACAUUGACGAAAAGUUGUUGGGAUGUUACAAAUUGAAACGUGGAACGUAUUCAGUAUACUUCACUAACCAGUACAUUCAGGAGAGCAUGCUUCCACUUCCGUUCUGUGAGAUGCAAGAAGAAGGUGGUGUGGAUAAGGAACCUCGAUUCCUCAUAGUGCUAUAA